UCUGGCAGUGGUGGAGGGAGGGCUUGUCUGCUCUUACUCUGUCAUGACUGUCUCUGCCUAGGAAAUACUGAGGGUUUUAAGUUGUCACGAUGGAAUACUCUGUAGGGGAAGUGUGGCGCAGGACUAUGCCUUACUGUGUGAUAUUCGUUAUAGUCCUGCAGUUGUUGGGAGACAUUAUGGUUGCUAAGGGAGAAUUUUUACAUAAAAACUUUACCGAUAGUGUGGACGACACUAGUCCGACUCCCGGCCUACGGGGAGUCGACACCAGCGAUGAUACCACUGAAGGUGGAGAGGUGCGGUGCCACUGUAACCUGCCCAAGUGUGUCACCAUGGGCUACAUGUGCAAGAGCUUCCUGGGUGCCUGCUUCACCAAGAACACACCCACGCCCACCCACGCUUACUCACAAGCUCGCAAGAUCUACCAUCGGUGGGCACCCAUGCACGGAUGUGUCGAAUUAUUACCAGAGAGUCGACAUGCGGAGUGCGUGAUGAAGGGCGGAGUGCAGAGAGCGGAGGUCCCAGGGACCCCUGCGCCCCUAACCCCGCCCCAGCUGGACCCAGACCUCACCUGCUGCAGCCAGGACAUGUGCAACUACCGUGAUAUUGAUGUCUUUAUCCAGGUGGACGGCAAUUACGACAGCCAGACAGAUAUGAAAAGACGGGACUCCGAGAUGAUGGAGACUCUGUGGUUCCGAGCAGCAACAAUAGCCGUCCCCAUAGCAGGCGGCUUUAUCCUAAUUGUCUUGGUCCUCCUUGCUAGUAGGAUGUUAGCCAAAGAAAAUAAAAGGCAAAGAAUGGCUCAGGUUAUUGGAGAACGCUAUCUGAAGGCUCCCUUAUAUCCUGGGGGUACAUCAGAGCCCAUUCCUCACCAUCCAAUAUAUUACCAUACACCCAUCACCAAGAACUCCUCCUUGGCCCACUUGAACUUUAGAGCUUCAUAUGAGGAGAAGCCAUCGAAUUAUAGACCUCCAGAAACGCAUAUUUGUAAUUUAGAAGAGAUAAAACCAUUAAAUACUGUUGUGAACCAAGAUGAACAGUGGGAUCAGAGGGACACUGAAUCUCCACUCCCUUCAUGAGGACUGUAAAUUUGUGGAGUUUGUCUGUGUGUGUGUGUGUGUGUGUGUGCGUGUGUGUGUGCGUGCGUGUAUGCAUGCCUGCUCCUUGCACCCACCAAAGACUUGAUUUGGCUGCAAGUAUUGUAUGUGAAUAUUAAGGUGAAUACUUCAUAGUAUUGUAAUGGAUAAUUAUACUUAUGAAAGAAUCCACAUUAAACUUUUGAAAAAGUACAGGUGAUAGCACAACAGAUUUUGCACUAAUGGAUUUAGUUCUUAACUUAUGCACAUCAUAUAUUCACACAAAUUUUUCAUCAGUGAUAUUUUUGAUGGCGGGUGCCACAUGUUCAGAGUGUGCAGUGCUAUAUUUCAAUCUGGAAUUUUCAGUCUGUUUUCAUACUUACCAUAAAUAUUUUUGGAGUGCUACAUCAACAGGAAAUGCAAGUUACUGUUGAAAAUGUGGACAUUGUCACAUACUUGAAAUCAGUUUUAUGUGUAUGCAUAUUUAUAUACAUAUCAGCUGAAAACUUUCCUCAGAAUUUUAUAUAAAAGACAAGUGACUUUUUUAUAAAUUAGGUUCAUGAGUGCUAAGGAAAGAAAUAAACAUCAUUCUGUGAUUUGUUGCUCAAAGGUUAUAAAACAAAGAGGACAAUAUUUUGGGACUUGAGAUGCUAGUAGAGAGCCAAGUAGCAGUUGGCUGAUUGUAUUUCACGCAGUAAAACUCAACAAACAGUCAACAGUAAUAUCUGGGUGGUGUUUACCUUUACGUCCCAGAGGUUUUCAUAUUAUUUUUAAUACUUGCUAUGAUUUCCAGUUUGUUAAAGCAAGAUUAAUUUGAUUAAGUCGAGUCAUUUGUGUAUAUAUUCUACUUUCGUAUCCUUGGUGCUCUCUUAUGAACUGUUAUAUUUAGUCAUUUAUAAUCAAAGUAUAACCAUAUGAGGCCAGAGUGUCAGUGCAAUAACUGGAUGUGUAGUGAUAAACCAAGAAAAAUGUUUAAAGGGUAAACUAUGUUCAUAAUGAGAUUCAUGAAAUGUUGGGUAUUAUUGCCAGACAUUGCUCAUCAUCUGUUUUUGUUGUACAAGUGUAUAAAACCUAUAUAACCACUGCACUCUAAUGUAUUGUGAAGGAUUGUGGACUGUACAAAAAUUUACAUAAUCCCAAUGUAUAAUAUGCUAUUUGCUGUGUUAAGCAGUAUUAUUUUUUCUCCUAGAUGGGGUCAUUAAUUGCCAGAAAUUAAGUUAUUCACUGUAAGAAAUUAAGCAAAAUUAUAAUGGUUUCAGCGGGUCUCCAAUGUAUAAGGUCAAUUAUCUGUAAAGAUUAGAUAACAAAGUAGAAAGGAACUUAUUUUCUGGUUAUUACUUGUAUAUACUGUAUAGGCAUAUAAGUCACAUCUAGGAAUACCCACAAAUUACCUGGAAUCAUAGUCUGUGAUAUCUUUUAUUUGCUUUUUCCCAUUAUCUUUUAUGGUGUUCAAAUGGUGCUUUGGAUGAGAAAAAAGCUUUGAUGUCUCCAUGCCUUCCAGAAAAGCUCAGGAUUUCUGUUAACAUCUUCCAAAAUGAUUUUAUCAUUUAUUUAACUCCACUUUUUUUUGGCUGUAAUUAGAAGACUUUGUUAAUUAAAAUGGCAUGUAGUUAUGUGGUUAUCCAUAACACAAACUUGCCUUUCAGUAAUUGUGUGCAAAAUUAAUGCUUUUUUUCAUAGCACAAAAUUUAUAUUAAAGGUGAGAUAUGGUGUGCUUAAUAGCUUUGUCAGGUUUAUAGGUUGUUUGAACUCCUUAUAGAUAUACUAUUCCUUCCUCCCUGGCAAGGCAUCAGACAGUUAUGCAUUGUGAUGUUUGGGACAUAGGUAGUUCAUUAUUUGUUUAAUUUUUUCUUUUGUGAACCAUUGUAAGUGAUACUGUCAUACUCCAUCACAAGCUACCGCUUGCUUUCAAGGGUGACACAUAUACACUAGUUCCUAUUUCCUGCAUUCCUAAAGUUUUGCACCAGACUAAUGAGACAAAUGAAUAUUCUCAGAUCUUAGUUGUUGUCCCUUGAUAUCUUAAAAUUAAUCCUAGGACACUGGUGCUUCUCCAAGGCUCGCUUUUCUGUUAAGAAAUACAGUAAAAUAUAGGAUUGGUUCAUUUCCACUGUUAAGCAGAAAAGAGCAAUAUGGAAGCACAGAGCAUUUCUAUGAAUUUGUCUUAGUUUUUUAUGAACAAUCAUUAAGGAAAUACAGUAUGUGUUAUUUAACUCUCUGUAUUUCAGACAUGUAAAGAAAGUGAGGUAACGAAAUAGUUUGCCACAGUGGCCAGUAUACAUUUUAAGUGCUCAUGAGGGAACAAAAUCAACGACUAACAACUUUGUAACAAUACUGAGUAAGUUUGCCAGUUCUCUGGUAUUGAAUGUGGGAGGAUGUUAGAUGGAGGGUCAAACAACUUUCUAUUCCACUUAUUAUUAAAUAUCAUGAUGCUAAAAUACCUUACUUUCCUCACAAGUCAAUGUAUGUAUUACAUAUUAAUUAAGGUUAAGCUGUAUGAGUCUGGUAUGUAUUUGAUAAUAUUAUUAGAUUUUUUGGAGAAAUUUUAUAGGGAGGACAAUCAUGCCUAUUGAUAUGAAUGUGUUGUUUUGUAAAGGAAAUCAAGUAUUUAUUACA